UCCCACCCACCAAAUACUGCAGCUAGCUAGCCUAAGCUCUCCUGUCUAAGAGAUUAGCCGUCCUGUAGACCUGUUGAGUGGUCUUUGCAAUAGGAAAGGCUUUAGAGACAGCAUGCCUCGAGUUGAUUCUGAGCAGAGGGUAACUGGUUUGAUACUUAGAGAGGAUCCUACCACCAGCAACUACUCUCAGUCUCUACUGGUCAUUAACUUUAGCUCACGUCUCCUCUCACUUUACCCAGUUGAAGCAGCUGGAGCUACUGAUUUCACUGAAUACAUUCCAAUAGAAGAAAUAAAAUGUUCCUAUAUCACUAAGGUCAGUGUAGUUACUGCUUCAAGACCAAAGGUAUUGAACUGUUUUGAGCUGGUUACAACUGGAGUGUCAAGAUUCUUUUCAGUUAAUUCAAUUGAAGAAAGAGAUGAAUGGAUUGAUGCUAUCAAACAAUCAUCAAUGAGUCAUAAAGCAUAUCUACCAGACACAAAGGAUAAGGUGCACUGUGAGACAGCUUAUAGGAAUCAAAUAAUAGGCGGAGUUAUACAGAGAAAACCAAUGAAACCUGAAGCAGCUGGUACUGAUGAAAGAACUGAUCUGACAUCAUCAGGUCCAGCAUCAGUUGAACUGCCAUCAGGCCACACCCCCACCUCACCCGAGAGAAAGAAAUAUCAGCUAAUAGUAAAAGCAGGUCAUGCCACUAAGUGUGGAGCUGUUAUGAAAAAUUGGAAGAGAAGGUUCUUUGUACUCAGCGACCAAUCACUGGGUUAUUAUAAAUGUAUUGAGGAGGUUGAUCCAAUUAAAACUGUUGCUGUAAGCGAUAUGCUUUCUGUUGGACCAAGUAAAAUACAUGCAAGCAAAGACCAUUUACUUGAGCUGGUUACUCCUUCAAGAACGUACUACAUACAAGCAGAUACUGGCAUGGACAUGAAGGAAUGGAUUGAAGCAUUCCAGUCAGUUAUAUCACGAGCAAGAUCAACUAAAUCAAUGCCUGUUUCUACUAAAGAGAGAACAGCCUCUGAUCAUAUGGCAAUACAACCUUAUGAUGCUUCACCAAAAAUUGUUGCUGCUACUAACCAACAUAAAGAAACACAAGACAGUGACCUCUCACCUGGUGAACAUUCAAAUGGUGACACUAAUAGUAUUGAUGACACCUCUCUUGUGGGAAUUCCUGUGUGAUUUAUGUAUUGUUUGUGCGUGAAGAAUAUUAUUAUUAUUAUUAUUAUUAUUAUUAUUAUUAUUGUUGUUGUUGUUAUUGUUGUUGUUGUUGUUGAGAGAAUUAUUACGAUACACUAUUA